UUUCCCCUUACAAGGUUGCCUAGGGAUGACCAUUGGACCAGAACCCCCUUGAGAUAGCUAGCUGGCCAUAAAAAUUAUAAUAUAAAUACAGACACAUACAGCAUACAGUACAGAUACACGAUGAAUGCAGAGCUAGGAGGAUUCAUCAAGGAGAAGAAGUUAAAUGCUCAACAGUUGAGAGCUGUGACUCCAAAAAACAAAGAAGAACAGAAGGAGAUUUUCAAAGCCUACUCCAUCUUGUUUGACGAGGUGAUAGAGAGACUACCAGCUAGUGGAAGGCUUCUUGCCAGAAUAAAGAAUGAGUAUGAGAAAGCCAUAGCAACCAUCCAGUCUAGAGGGCAUGUGCGAGCAAAGAAAGAGCAAAGUGGUCUGCUCAAGACUUGUGAGCUGUCUACCAUCAACAACUAUCACAAGAGAAUCGCAGAGCUUGAUUUCAAGUCCAUGAAGCUGAAGCUAGACAAUGAAAGGAUCAAAGGAAAGAUGGAUGAAAUGAACGCUGAAAUAGAGGCUUUGAUCAGAGAGAAAGAGCAUAAACGUCACUUGAUGAGAGUGGCCACCCCUCGCAUGACCAGUAGUAAGAGGAAGAGUCUGGGACUCAGUCUGGAGGAGGCCACCAGCUUGACUCAACUGCAGUUAGAGCUGAAAAGGGUUAGGGAAGAGUUGGAUGAGGUCAAAAUCAUUUCCGAGAAAAAAUUCAUUCUUCCUGAUAGAAAAGCUCAGCUUCACAAACUACUAAACGACAAAGAACAAGUCAAGGCCAAGGUGGAUAAAACGAAUAGUGUGCUUGCACAACAGCUGAAGAAACUCAAGCUAGCCACACAAGCUGUUGCUUCGUACUGUUCCUAUCUUCAGCAGCAUCGACUGGACCCACAAACUCUGCCGCUAGAGCACUACAUUGCUGCUGUUAUUGAGGCUAACUAUGAAGAGAUGCAGGAUGAAGAACCAGACCAAGACCUAGUUAAAGAGACCGAGGCUGAGAUGGUACUGGACUGCUUCGAGAAGUUCAAUGAGUUGUUUGAGAGUGAGAGAUAUGAGGAGGCUGCCCUACAUGCUGCGUCUUCUCCAAAAGGUGUUCUCCGUACCAUGGACACUCUGAACAAGUUCAAGCACUCUGCUAGACUCACCCUGGGUACUAAGCCUCCCCUCCUCUGCUACUGUGAGCACCUCAUGGCCUGUGCCCCCGCAUACAGACCACUCAGUAAAGAGGAAGGGCUGGAGUGUGUGCAGUGUGCACUGGAUAAUGAUGGAAUUGCAAUAAUAUCCCACUGGAUAGCACAAGGAGUGCUGUAUCCCUCGGUGGAGGUGGGUUCACUGCUUAUGUCAUUCUGCAAGUGUGUGAACAGGUGCACGUGUGGCUGCAUGAGAACUGCUUUCUCUGUGUUAGACAGAUGUGGGGAGCACAAUACAGCUGCACUGUGUCUGGUACAUCAGGACAAAUUCAUGACGUUCUUCUCGUAUGCUAAGAAAAUUGGCUACUCUAAAAUAGACUACAUUCACACAUUGAGCUCGAGACCAAGCAUGGUGCUUGUGGAAGCACUGACCCAUCCUCCUGACAAUGCGUGUAUGACCACUAUUGAAGCUGCCAAUAUCUUGUUACAAAAUGGGAGGAGUGAAGACGCAACCACUUUAAUAAGAAAGGACGUUCAUGAGCUUAACGAUGGCAGUCUGCAGACUCUCUUAGAAAACAGCACACAAGAUGACACAUGGCAGAUCCUAAUAGCCAAUCUACACAGUGCUGGAUUUAGUGAGCUGGCUAUCGAGUGUCUGUCAGCUCUGACUAUGAGGAAGGCUCUACUCAGUGCCGUCACUAAUCUAACAAAAGAGUUUACUGACCACCCACACCCUCACCCUGAGGAGAGUGUACAGGACAGGCCCGAAACUUCAAAUGGUAAUGUCAACCACAAUUAUGUGGGGCUGGAUGAUGAUGAGUCGUCACUGUCCAGUUCUGAGGUGACGGACAGUGAGUACGAGAGCAGCGGAGGCUACAGCUCUGAACUAGAGUCCGACUCUGUGCGUAGCUAUAAGUGCUGACUAUAGUAGCAUCAUCAUAUCCAUCAUCCUGCAUGCAUGCUUAUGUGUUGAUAUAAUUAUUAAUUACGUGUAUCCUCUAAUGCCAUCUG